GAAUGCCGUGCGUAUUUCGGUCGAUUGAAGGUUUUGUAAAGCAUAUAUACCGUCAAUUGGGUGUCAACAGACAUUUUGCAAGUCUUGUUAUGUUUUUAAUCAAGGUACUCAAUAGCUUUGAUGCAUUUAAGCCGUCUGAAUCCAUGAACGUGAAGGUGUUGGCAAGGUGUCGUCCACUGACACAAGACGAGCAGAGCAAAGGUGCCAAAUCUGUCAUCAAGGUUUCAGGGGACAAAGUAAUAGUUGAUGCUGCUGGAAAGGAAUCUUCAUUUUCUUUUGAUGCUGCAUAUUCCAGUGAAGCAAAGAAUCUUCAACUGUACCAGGAGAAAUGUGAGGCGCUCGUCCAGAGAGCCCUAGCAGGCUACAAUGUCAGCCUUCUGGCUUUUGGAGCAGCAGGAUCUGGGCGGAGUUUCUUGUUGAAGGGAAGUGACCAAGAUCCAGGUGUUGUACCUCAGAUGAUAGACUCCCUCUUCAAACAGAUGGCAGACGGCAGCAAGAAAUCUUACCUGGUGACGGUGUCCUACCUGGAGGUACUAGAUGAGAAGUUGACUGACCUGCUCAACCCUCAUGACCUGCCGAUGGAGGUCCGUCAACAUGUACAGAAGGGCAUCUAUGUGGAGAAGUUGUCGGAGGUGGUAGUCCAGUCAGCCGAGGAGCUGUACCGCAUGUAUGACCAGGGCACUCGUGCCAGGAAGAUGAAACGCGCAGACAUCAAGACUCACCGGGCCAGAGCUCAUUCCAUUUUCUCAGUGGGCAUUCAUCAGAAGGAAAAACAGUCGAGCAAACUUGGUGUGAAGUCUGUCAUCAACGCGGUUGACUUGGCGGGUACUGACACAAAGAACUCUGAAUCUGGCUCUGGCACCACGGGGCUGAUGAACCUACUGGCAGCCCUAGGGGACAGCAAGAAGAAGGGGGGUUAUGUCCCCUACAGAGAGACCAAGAUCACACAGCUGCUACAGGAUGCUCUAGGGGGCAACUCUCUCUCCCUCAUGGUAGGACUGGUGGGAUCUGCAGAUUCCUCCUACCACGACACCCUCGCCACGCUGCAGCACGCCCAGUACGCUCGCUCCGUCAAGAACAAGGCCUUUCAGAACAUGGAUGAGACAUACACCAUCAUCACCGAUCUGAGAUUUGAGAUCUCGAAGCUGAAGGAUAAGAUAGCAGCAGCAACAGAGCCGAACAAAGACGAUGUGGACAAACUGGAGGGCCUGGUCCACGACCUCCAGACGGCCAAGAAGCAGACGUGGGAGGAGAAGGAACGAGUCUCCAAGAAGGUCGAGGAGGAGAGGAAAACCAACCUGGCUAACAAGGGAGUGCUGGAGUGGGUGAUGGACUCCAUGAAGAAGGGCAGCCAGGAGCUCCAAGACCGACUCGUCAUCCUGCAGAAGGAGAAGGACCAGUUGACCUUGAAGCAGAAGGAGAAGCGGAAAGAACUGGAUGAUCUCAAGGAAGAUCUGCAGAAGAAGAUCACAGAGUUUUCCAAAUUAACAGAGAAAGGCAAGAUGUCUGAAUCAGACACCAAGGGUCGUGUGAACAACAUCCAGGCCUUGAAGGAGAACAUCAAGCAGGAGACGGAGGCGUUCCGGAAGCUGAAGCAGCAGAUGAAGGUCAUCCAGGACAAGCAGACGGCAGAAAGGGAGGGCAGCCAGAUGCAGGCAACAGCACUGAAAGGUAACCUGGAACUGCGGAAGAAGAUAGCGCAAGAGGAGUUGUCGAAGCUGGAGGUGGAGCACAAGGCUGUCCUUGAGGAGGAGCUGGAGAGGGUGAAGAUGGAGGUGCAGCAGGACCACACGGAUAUACAGCUGCGUGUGGCGGAAGGCAAGCAGUACCAGCAACAGGAAGCUGCAGCCCUGGACAUGGAGCUGGCCCAGCUCAGACAGGAGAAGUCUGUGAUGACCACCAGGCUGGAGUCUCUCCAGAGGGAGAAGGACUUCAUGCAGAAGGAGCUGGGCGAGGUUCAUCGUGUGCACAAGGAGGAGAUGGAGCUCCAGCAGCUGCAGCACUUCCAGUCUUUCCGCCAGUACCGGGAGAUGUUUGAGGAGCAGAAGGCUGUGAUUGAUCAGCGGUACCGUGUGCUGUUGGAGGAUGCCAUCCAGGAUGCUGUCUUCCUCUCCAGCCGCAACACAGAGCUCGUCACAGAGAACCAGGACCUCCGACUGUAUAUCGGGGAACUCAAGGAUGCUGUGACCAAGUCCGGAGGCAGAAUCCCCCCCUCGGAUGUCAUGCUCUAGACACAGAAUCCCAGAUCCAUGAAUUUGACUCCAAGUAUUAUGCGAUGAAAAUCAAACAUUCCCUCUUUUAAGCAAAUGAUUUUUUAUAUUAUUAUUACAUUUCUACAACUCUGAUGAGAGCAUUGCAUUGAAGUAUUACUUAUAAUUCACAUCAUUAUUUAUUUUCAAAUAUUUAAGUAAAAUAUGCGCGGUUGCUUUUGGUAUUAAAUGUGGGUUUAAUGUUUUUAUCACAAUGAUGUAAAAAUUUAACCUAUUUAUAUGUACAAUGCAGUCUCUGGUUUAAUUUAUCUUUAACAAAUGUAACUGUGGUAAAAAAUGCUUGAGAAAAGUAUCCAGAGCACACCAGUGGGAUGUCAUUUCAGUUUAGAGUUAAUAUUUUCACAACACUGGAUGAUGGUGUUUGUAUUUUCAACUUAAAUUAACAUGAACAUGUUUGUGGGAUGGGUUUUUUGUUUUUAUUUAUUUCGUCAUAGUUUCAUAUGAAUCUUUGCACAAUGAAUAUCAAAAUGGUGUUGGGAGAAGAUACCAAUAUUUAUGCAUUUAUUGUAUAUUUAAAAUUUACUUUACCAACAUUUACAGUCUGUGAUAUUGAACAGAUUAGUCACCCAAUUGUAUAUCUAGUCUUCCUCUUCUAUUUUAAACAGGUUUACUUAAAACUAAAACAUUCAAACUUAAAUUUUGCACCAAGCUUUGUAUCAUGGAUGAUACUGCUAUCAUGACUUUUUCAAAACUUUUCUCAGUAUUUUGUAACUUUGAAGCCACCUUGGGCGUAUUUUGGUGUCAACAUCUUCUGAAAACUCACCCAUCAUGCAUAUAAUUUUUCAAUUUUCAACACAUAAACAAACCAUUUAAUUGCUUUGGAUUUUUGUUUCUGAGGAAUUAUAACCCUUUUAAGACAAUUGUUUUUCUAAAUAUUAGAUAUACAGUGUUUUUGUUGUGAGCCAUAAUAAUUCUAAUAUAAACAAGUCAAAUUGUGACAUGGGUGGCAGUGUAUGAAAUGAGAAUUUGUUGCAUUAACAUGUGAUUCGAGAAAAUUUUGUUUUGUGGCUAUAUCUUAUUAUUGUUAACUCAUCCAUAUAUAUUAUUUGAAGAGUCGUAAUUCCAACAACCUUUUCCUGUUUGUAUUUAUGGGAUUCCAGCAGAGCAUCAUGUUCUGAACCGACUCUUACAGCCGCUGGCGGUUGUCAGUUGCAAUCAAUUUCAUUUAGUGACAGUAUCAGUAUUUCACCACAUUCUGAUGAAAUAAAAAUUUUAAGCAUAUUGUUCUGAAUAUGUAUGAUUAUUUUAAUACUCACAUUUCAAAUAAUAUAUAUUUUACAAUCAAAAUUAUAUAUGUACCAUUGCAGCAUUUGUGUGACAAUCUGAAUGUGGAACACAUAUAUUCAAUAGGACGGAUGAACCAUACAUUCUUUAUGGAUGGUAGCAUAUGAACAAUUAGAGAAUACCUACUCUACAAAUUUUAUUCCGUAUUUUAGGCCACAUGGCCCAUAGUACAAUUGUGUUGCAAGAUAUACAAUCGUUGUCACAUGACCAAAAUUACAUUAAGAAGAUCUUAAGCUAAAUAUUUUUAGCAGAUAUAUAGAUGUUAAACGUAAUAUAUUUACAUCAUGUGUGUUUAAUAUUUGUUGCAAAGUUAAUCUAAUUUUACAAUAUUUUUUGAUGGACAAGAAGUAUUCAUUACGGAGUAGAAAAUAUCUAUUACAGAUAAAGAAAACAUGGUAUUCAUUUUCUACAACAUUCAUAUCACAGUGCAAACAAAUAGAUUCUAUAUCAUUGACUUUCUUUUUACGUUGUUGAUUUACCCUGAAAUCAUGAAGAGAUAUACGAAAUUUACACAUCGAUCUAACUAAGUUUCUAUUUUCAAGUUUAUGGAUAUAUGUUUCGCAUUGGAAUAAGUUCUUUAUACUAGAAUAGUGUGACAAAUAUGAUGAAUUAGAGAAUACCUAUAAGGAAUGAUAUGCGAUUCUGAGUUAUGAAUAUAAUCUAGGUACAGUAUUCUCAAUUGAAGGAGGAAAAUGGAUGCUGAGAAAAUAUUAUCCUACAAGUACACUUCACUGAAGGCAUCCUUGUUCUGAUGACCUUGCCUUAAUAUUUUGAAAUUAUGAAUAAUGCAUGAGUUUAAACUUGAAAAUUGAUUCAUCUGCCCAGUCAGUUUUGAGAACUGGUUGUAUUGCAUCUGCAAAUAUCAGAAAGUAAUUUCACUCUAUUAUAAAAUUCCAAGAAGGAUACUUUAUCCACAUUCCUGGCCCCGUUCCUAAAAAACGAAUCCCAUUAUCAGUGUUGGUCUAUAGAUGUAAUAAGCAUCAUGUGUUGCUGUUAUAGUGAUAAUCAUCAUACAGUAAGCAGAUAAACAAAGUGGUGAUGGAAUGAAUUCGGCAAAGAAUGGACAACCAAAACAUUAUGGCAGAUCUGUCAUGCUUUAUAUUAAAUGAUUUAUACUAAAAUGUUUCUAUGCCUUGUGACAAGUUCACCCUCUAUGAAUGCAAUACUGUAUAUUCCGUCCGAUUAUUGUUAUGAAAUAAACUUUUUUUUAUCUUU